CGAUAAAAUUUGUGACAAAUUUGUCAAAAUAAGGCAAAAGAUGUCAGAUAUUAGCUCGAAAUGGUCACAGUCUUCCGAUGCGACACGGUCCAAGGACAAGUCGCAACAAGUCUCCUUCCAGUCCUCCUUUCGCUUCCUCUCCUACUUCAGCUUCAUCCAGGCGCGAUGGGGGGAGUUCUGCAAGCCCCACAUCUGCUCAUUGAUCGACAUGAUGAAGCAAACCGACAUCGUGAAAGAAACCAUCGAUUCCGGCAUUCUGAUCGGGUUCAGACGAUGGCUGGAACGCAGCUUCAUGAUCAGCAGACACCAUCCGUACACUAAAACGGUGUUCAAGUCGCUGACGGAGAUCCGUAAUGAGGAAGUGAGGCACGUGCUACGCUUUCAGGGAAUUAUCCAUCCUUUCAGCAUGUUCUGUUUGUACUACGAAUUUCUAAUGGCGUUGCUGACGGUCGUGUACUUGAUUUAUGUGCUCCCUUCCGACAUGGCCUACCUGUCUUUUUACCCCCAUCUGAAGUGGAUCAAGUUCGUUUUCGACGUCAUCAUGACGGUGAGCGUGAUCGUCAACUUUUCCAUUGGCUAUUGGGACAAGGACAACAUGAAUAUCGUGCUGCAGUCAAGGGCGAUUGCCAGGCGCUAUAUUCGCACGUUUCUCGCUUGGGACGUCAUGUCCUGCAUCCCAUCCUACACCAUUGGGAUUUACUUUUUCUCGCAUUCGAGCUCCUGGGGGUUGAUCGAGUGGCUGAGCCUGGCUCGGAUGGCGCGCAUCCUCACCGUAGACCGAACGUUGGAUAUGUUUAGGGCGCACUGUAGAGUACCAGUGGAGCUCUAUGUGUCCAUCGAAAUACUGCUCUGGUCCUACUCGAUUGUUUUAUGCUGCAUGGCGCUGAUGGCGUUUACCAGCCAGUACCCCUACUUAUUCGACCAUAUAACGGAAAACAAAGACACAGCGCUGGCACACGAGGCCAUAUUUGCCACAAUUCGCUCGUUAUUUGGCGUCGGUCAGGUGAAAAUCGUCUACAGCUAUACAGAAGUUUUGACCGCUAUGUUGAUCACCAUGAUAUCGUACGUGAUGCAGAUAUGGAUUAUGGCCAAGUUGUACGUGUUGUGGCAAAGGUUCCUCAUUCUCUCCGAGGUGGGGCAAGAUCACUAUCAGCAGCUCGCCGGAUACCUCAAGUACAAGGGACUUCCGCCCAACAUUCGCGAGGACAUUUACUGCUACUACGAGUUUCGGUUCCAAAAGCGCUUCUACGACGAGUCGGCCAUUUUAAACAUGUUGACCGAAAAUCUACGAAAGGAAAUUCCCAGCUACCGGCUGGAUAAAAAAAUCGAAAAAAUCAAAUUCAUCCGCCAAUUGCCCAACCCCAUGAUCAUGCAGAUACUCUCCAAUAUGGAUCCGUGCUACUACUGCCCAGGCGAUGUGAUUUUUCGCGUAAAUGCCCCAGCUAGGUGUUUGUACUUUAUCAGGAGCGGCACGGUCGCUCUACACGACGAAAAUAACAUUGAGGUCUGUCAUCUGGAAGACAGCUCGUACUACGGUGACAUUUCGGUGAUACUGAAUCAGUUCCACUAUGUCACCAUGACAGCAGUGGCGCCAUGCAAGAUCUUCAAGUUGAGCCACUUUGCCCUCAUGCAAAUCCUGGACACGGUGCCAGAGGUAAAGGAGCGCGUGUUCGAGGUGACCAGAAAAUUGCUCAUAAAUGGCAGAAACGACUGGGUUUCCAACUGKGUCAGGACUCGCAGCGGAGCUUUGGGCAAUGUGGGCAGUUCGAUGCGUAURAACCCGCCACUGAGUUACGCCUAGGUGCCCACCAACCAGCCGGUGUGGAAGUGCGCGUUGUGAUAAGCGUUUCCUCGGAAACCGCAACUUUCAACCAAUGCUAGUCGAGUUUUGCUCCCGCCUUUCCUGCCACAGGGGCGUGCACAAUUUUUGCUUUGCCAGAGUUACUAUAUGUACUUUUCGCAUGCUAGUUUGAUAAACCGAUAAUAUUCGCAAAACG